GAACUUGAAGAAUCACGAUGCUUCGAUCGUGUCUGUCUGCCUAUCUCCUGCGGAUCCGUCCGCGGUCCGCCAGACGGUUGAAGAGCACGCUGACGUCCGUCUCGGAGAAGAGAGACGAGGACUUCGAGCCGACCGUCUACCCGACCAUGCGGAAUCACAACCGGCUCCGCCUCUACACACGGAGCUUGAUCCCGUCCGUGUUGAACACGUACCUGCCCGAGGCGGCCAAACACCUGGACCCGACCCCGUACGUCGCCUCCGCCACGGUCCUGCCCAUGCGCACCAACAACUACGUGGUGCAGGAGCUGAUCGACUGGUCCAACGUGCCCGAGGACCCCAUCUUCCAACUGACCUUCCCGCAACCCGACAUGCUCAAGCCUGAGGCACUGGAGCGAAUCAGCAAGUUGCUGCAGAACAAAGCUCCACGCACGGUACUGCAGCGGGAGGCCGAGCGGAUCCGGAAGGAGAUGAACCCGCACCCCGCCCAGCAGAAGACGCUGAACGUUCCCCGGGUGGACGGGGUCCCUCUCCCGGGCCUGCAGCACAAGUACCGGGAAACCGUCCUGUUCUUCCCGGCAGAGGGACAGUUCUGUCACGCCUACUGCACGUACUGCUUCCGAUGGGCACAGUUCACGUCUGUCGGCAGUCCCCAACAGUUCCAGUCUGAUGACUCAAAACUGCUUAAAAUCUACUUGCGGCGGAACCGGCACGUGAGCGACCUGCUGCUGACGGGAGGGGACCCGAUGGUGAUGUCUGCGACGCGGCUAGGCGGGUACAUCCUCCCCCUGCUGAAGGACCCGUGUCUGGACCACCUCUCCACCGUCCGCAUCGGCACCAAGUCCCUGGCCUACUGGCCCUACCGCUACGUUACCGACACAGACUCGGACGAUCUGCUGCGCAUAUUCGAGAAGGUGGUGAAGUCAGGUCGACAGUUAGCCAUCAUGGCCCACUUCACCCACCCGCGGGAGCUGUCCACGCCGACCGUGCAGGAGGCCAUCCGGCGGCUGCGGAUGACGGGCGCGGCGAUCCGGGCACAGGCACCGCUCGUCAACCACGUCAACGCCGACCCCGCCACGUGGGCCCGCCUGGUCCGCACCGAGACCCGGCUCGGCGUCAUCCCGUACUACAUGUUCGUGGAGAGAGAUACGGGCGCGAGGCACUACUUCGAGGUCCCCCUGGCGAGAGCAGUGGAGAUCUACAACCAGGCGUUCUCCUCGGUAUCGGGACUGGGCCGUACCCUGCGUGGACCCUCCAUGUCAGCCACACCGGGGAAAGUUCACGUGCUCGGCGUGUCCAAAAUUGCCGGCGAGAAGGUCUUCGUGCUGAAGAUGUUACAAGCCAGAAACCCGGAGUGGACGCACCAGAUCUUCCACGCUCAGUACGACGAGAAGGCGACCUGGUUAGACCAGCUCAAACCGGCCUUUGGCCAGGACAAGUUCUUCUUCGAGGAAGAGUUGAAGAACCUCGAGAGAGAGGAGAACUCCUCGGGAAACUUGUACCCUUACUCUCCUGAGAUGGAGUACAGAUACGAGGACAUAUUCCCUUGUUAGCCCCUUCUAACCCAG